UUUAUAGUUUCAUUAUAUCGGUUAAUUUAAACAUUUAUAAUGUAUAGAUUCAAACAACCUAAAAUAUUUUUUUCUUAUGCGUUAAUAUAACAUUAUGAUGUAGAUUAAAAAAAAACAUACCACUGCGCAAAACUGGGGCGAGCAGGACACAACGUGACGCAACAUAAACCACAAGACCAAAACAGGAACUGAUUUACAUUUGAAACACCGAAGUGUACAAUGUAAUAAAAGAAAAUAAACUGCCAUAUUACUUAUACCACAACAGAAAUUUCAGCCUAGAAGAACUGCGUUUAAACAAAUGACAAUAUAUCGAUAACAAAUGCACAUUAGCUGACUGUAUAAACCUGCCAAAUUAAACAUACUUAAACAAUCUUUUGAAUUUAUAAAGCAUUAUUCCUUUAGUAUGUGCAAGCCAUCUGCUUGUUUGCAUAUGCAGUGCAGACCUUGUUUGCAAAUGACGCUAUUGUUUAUGGGAUGAUAUAUGCAUGCACAUGAGCAGACUCGGAAUCUAUGCGCCGAAUAUUUCCAUAUAUAGGCUUUGGCAUCGAAGGAUGAAAAAGCGCCUCUAAUCACAUCUGAAUAACAACCGCUGAUCCCAGAACAGCAGACAUGACUUCCCCAGAGCAGAUUAUAGAAAUAGUGAUGGAUGACAAAACGUACAAUGUGAGUAAAAGCAAACUGAUCGAGAAGAGCGAUUACUUCCGCGCGCUGUACAGCUCAGGGAUGCGCGAGUCCGCGGAGGAUUCGGUGCAGCUGCAGGGACUGAGCACGCCGGGGCUCGAGCUGGUGCUGGAGUUCAUCAACACCUCCAAAGUUCAGGUGGCCAACGAGACUCUAGAGGACCUGAUCGAAACCGCAUCCUUUCUGCAAGUCACUUCCAUCUUAAAACUGCUUCUGGCGGAAAUCAGGCAGGAGAACUGCGUCGAGCUCUUCAAGCUCUCUGAAAUCUACGGGAUGCAUGAUCUUAGAAAUGCUUGUUUGAAAUUCAUGAGCUGCUAUUAUCAUCCCAUGCUGCGCAGGCCGGAGUUCAGGACUUUGCCAGCUGCUGUACGGGAUCAAAUCCGUGAUAUGCGCAUGAAAGGCACGGCCACUUUAGUAGCAAUAGGGGAUUUCACUGACACCUGUCUGGAUCUGGCAAAUCAGGACGAGCCCUGGUCCAUGUUGAGGUAUGAUGAGCUAGAACAACGCUGGAAACCUCUAGCCAACAACCUUCCUCCAGACAUGAUCAAUGUUCGAGGUUACGGAUCUGCUGUGCUGGACAACUACUUGUUUAUUGUUGGUGGAUACAGAAUGACAAGUCAGGAGAUCUCAGUGGCCCACUGCUACAACCCCUGCAAGAACGAGUGGAACCAUGUGGCACCUUUGAACCAGAAGAGAUCGAACUUCAAGCUCCUGGCCGUGAGUGGGAAGCUGUACGCGGUUGGAGGUCAUUGUCUGGGGACGGUGGAGUGCUACAGUCCCGAGCAGGACUGGUGGACGUGUGUGGCGUCUCUGCCUGAUCCUCUCGCUGAGUUCUCUGCCUGUGAGUGUCAGGGCAUGAUCUACGUCAUGGGCGGUUAUACCUCUAGAGAUAGGAACACCAGCGUGCUGCGCUACUGCCCCAGCUCGGACACGUGGUCCGUGUUCCAUUCCUGUUCGGCUCAUGUGCGCAAGCAGCAGAUGCUCUCAGUGGAGGACACCAUCUACCUAGUGGGUGGCUACACGCAUGAGCUAGAACCUGCAGAAACGGGACGGCGGAGGCUAAACCAAACAGAGGACAUGCUGACUGUACAGUCUUACAAUGUUCAGACAGGAGAAUUGUUGCAACUUAAGGAGAACACGUCAAAGUCGGGCUUGAACCUCACUUGCACGCUGCACAACGACGGCAUCUACAUCAUGAGCAGAGACGUCAGCCUGCCCACCAGCCUGGAGCACCGCGUCUUCCUCAAAUACAACAUUUUCUCAGAUGCCUGGGAAGCAUUCAGACGUUUCCCUGCUCUGGGACAGAACAUGCUGCUUUGCUCACUCUACCUGCCUAAUGUCCUCUGAGCCGCAUCGCUCGCGCUUUAGGGAUCUGGAGAAGACUACAGACUGCUGGGAAACACAGAUUCUAUUGUAGCGAGCCCAGCGACUUCAGAAAUGACAAGGAUCACGACACCGGUUUACUAGAUCAGAAUGAUCAGCCAGCACUAAGAACCUGCGGGAGACAUUAAAGCGAUCGUUUAGCCAAAAAUGAACAUUUCCGUCAUCAUUUAUUCACCCUCAUGUUGUUCCAAAAACGAGUGGCUUGAACAUUCUUCAUCAUUCUCAUGUUGUUCCAAUGAAGAAAUAAAAGUUUGGAAUGACAUGAGGGUGAGGAAAUGAUGACAGAAUAUUUAUUUAUUUGUAUUUAGCUAAAAUAGUCCUACACCUAAAUAAAGGUUAACAACUUUGAUCAAUAAAAAAGUAAAGUAAAAAGACUAAAUAUUUAAUAUCUCCAUCAGAAGUUCUGUUAAGGUGCCUUUGUAUUCAAAAGCAGUUUUAAUAUAUUCACUAAAUAUAUAAUUUUAUUUAUCUUGGCAAAGAGAAAGAACACUACAAGAGUUGUGCCGAACAUUUACAACCUGCACAGAAUCUACUAUUUCAAAUGCAUGUACAGGAUCUUAAUCAUAUAAAACAUGACAUAUAUUACUACUAAUAUACAAAUGCACAAGUGAAGGCUUCAGAUUUAUAGAGCCUGCAGAUUCAAUUAAAGCACUAAACUUGCAUAUGCUAAUUAAACAAUUUAACAUGAAGGGUAAUUAAGGCCCCGAAUGAGACAUUAAAGAGGUAGUUCACCCAAAAAUGAAAAUCCCAUCAUUAUUUACUCAUCCUCACUUCAUCAAAACCUGUAUGAAUGUCUUUUUCCCCCUCCAUAAAAUGAAUGUCAGUGGGGUCCAAUAUUGUAUGGACAAAAACGGUACAAAAAAAAUCUUAUUUUGUGUUUUGCAGAAGAAAGGGUGAGUAAAUGAUUCAUUUUUGGGUGAACUGUGCCUUUAAGAUCCAAUGUGCCAGACUAAAUGGUUAUUGUUGAAAGUGUCAUAGACUGUCUGUGCCUGAAAGGUUUUUGAUUUUUUUACUUAAUUACACUGUUAAUAGUCUUAAUUAUUUCAUUCCAAAUACUGUAUAUCUGGAGAAGUGUCUUAAAAUGUGCUGCACAAAAGAAGCACAAAUACAUAAGCGCCUGACCUAAAUCGCUGUGAUGUAUUUUUGCAUUGAGUUGAGUGAGAUGACUUGCUGAGAUAUUAACUUGAAAGAAAAGGAGAUUAUUUUUUUUCCUUCUUUUUUUUUUUUUUUUUUUUUUAAAGAGGGAAGUACUUUAUACUUAUGCUCCAUUUACUUUUGGUUUUCUAAUGUUUUGAUUACUUUUCAUAGGUCGAGCCAAAAUGAAUGAUGGUUUUGUUGAACAUUCCCAAGUUGCCUUGAAAAUGUAAAGGUUGUAAGUUAAAAAUAAAAUGUUCAGGGAAGCAAAUAAACGGGUUUAUAUUG